UCUACCAUGUGGAGGGUGCGAAUGAAUGACGGCGCGAUCGAUGCUCGGGGUAGAUGAUGGGCUGGCACUCUCUAGGUAAGAAAAUCAGGUUGUCGCCUGAAGGAGUGGUGACGGAAGCAUGUGGCAUGCCCGGCGCGAAUAUGUGCUCAUGUACAACAUCUGGUGGGAAAACAUGAAGACAAUAGUUAUCAUAUCGAUUCGGGAUGAAGACGGGGGAUCUAUUGGUAACGUUUACCGCGUGAAUGUCGAUGCUGCGGGUAUUCGAAGACACGCUUAUAGGCUGAACUAAAUCCGAAAGGGAAGACUUGAUAGUAUAACCUGACCCUACUAAUACAGAA